AUGGGGAAAGAAGCGCAAGAAAUGCGAGCUCGCAAAAGUCGACGGAAUGUGUCAUGCGUAAAUUGUGACAAGACCAUGAGCUGGGAAUAUUUUCGCAAUCACCACGUACCCACAGUUCACAAUGGCAAAAAAGUACCUGUUAAAAUUAUUUCUACUGCAAAAGCCCCAGGAUCUUCUUCUAAUAUUAGAAACCUUUUUGCGUCGUCUCUAACUGCUGUGAGUAUACAAAUUUAAUUUUGUUUUUAAUUGAACAAUCAACUACUAGCAGUAGCCAGUACAUGUAUACCAAGGGGUGCGUGCAUUUCAUUUACUCAGGCAGGUGCCGUACAGGAUGAAAUGGAUAAAACCCGUACAGAUAAUGAAGCAGGAAAUUCAAAAGAUGCUACUGUGGUUGAGCCAGAAGUAAAUGUAAGUUGUGUGUGAGUUUAAGUCUUUAACGAAGCCCCAAUGUCAUUAUGGCACAUUACUUAUGAAUUUAUUAAUAAAAUUUAUUAUAUACAGUGUACAGUAGCUACACAUGCAUUAUUAGAUUGCUUCUAUUAUUUUUUCAGGAAAAUUUAGACAUUUCGUUUAUGAAUGAGGGUGAGGAACUAGGAGAUAGUUGUAUAAUAACAACCAACCUCAAGAUAGUGCUGAAGUAUGUUUCGAAUUAAGGACUAAUAUUACAUAAUUACGUACAGUAUAUGGUAUUUUGUGCUAUGAAAUACUAAAAAGACUUAAUUUAAUAUACGUCUAUAUACUGUACCAUUACAUCAUAAAUUAAGAAACUUUGUUCGUUGUUAUUUAAAUUGCACAGGAAACACAUUUGCUAGCCUUAACUAUCGUAUCAGAUGAAGAAAACGUGGAAGAUGGUCAACACGUUAACACCAUAUCAGACGAAGAAAGCGUGGAAGAUGCCCAAACCAUUAACACCGUAUCAGAUAAAGAAGACGUAGGCGAUGGGAAAGACGUUUACCAAUUACCCACUGAGGAUGCUCAAAAAUAUUCCCCGGAAUUUUUAUUGUGCGCUGCUGGUAAUCUAGAGCAUGUAGCUGUACAGUUUGCAAACUUUGGGACAAGCUUGUGAGAGGCUCCUUUUCUUGACGUAGAUGCGUGUUUGAGUGAGAUAAUAUCUUCCUGCAAAAGUAUUGUUGAUUCUGUUCAACAUGUGCAAAAAGUAGCUGAGAAAAAUACCGUGCAACGUAGUAACCACAACGACAGUUUGGACCAAAUACAUAUUUUUGAAAACCCCUCCACACAGCAUGAUCCUUAAAAGCGACCAAAAAUACUUUCUGAUGCCAACACAAGGUAUCUUAUCAAUCUUGGUCCUUGUCAGCCGAAGUUAAGUAACUUUCCAAAGAAUUCUGACAUCAGAAAGUCAGUACAAAAUCGGAGUAUAUAUAGCAUCUCGAACGACUCUGAUCGUUGUUUUGUGUGUUCUCUAUUUCCAUCUGGCAUUGAUCUCCCAAAGCUGAAGAUGCCUGGAUAAAAGGUACAAGAAGUUGGAAUAAAGUGAAGGGCAGUCAAGGAAAAGGCAAACAAGGAAAAUUAAACAAGCACUUUAGCAGUAAAUCCCAUAAGGCUUUAUUGCAAGAUUUUGUUAAUUUUUGCCAAGAAGACCGACAUAUUGAAGUGUUAUGGGACAAGGAAAUCCGUUCGCAGAGAUGAGAAGCUCCUGCAAGACCAGAGAGAAGUGAUAUCUAUUUUACUAGACAUUUCAAGAACACUUGCCCGACAAGGACUUGCGUUCCGGGAAAAUGAAAAUGAAGACGAUGGAAACUUUUGCCAAAUAGUUGGAUUGAUGAGUCGGCACGUUCCCUCGCUUAAAGGAUGGUUAGACUCGCGAGCAAAACGGAAGUAUAAAACAACUUACUUGAGUCCUGAGAGCCAGAAUGAAUUUAUCAAGAUGUUAGCCGAUGAAUGCAGAGAAAUGAUAGACGCAGAGAUAAGCAAGGCUCCUUUUACAGCUGUAAUUGCAGAUACCACCCCAGAUGUGUCAAAUGAUGACCAAAUGGCUUUCGUUGUUCGAUUUGUUAAUGAAGAGGGAAAACCAUGCGAACGUUUACUCGAGACCAAGAUAGUAAUCGAUAAGACGGGCGCAGGCCUUGUAAAAGCUAUUUUGAAAGCAGCACAAGUAAGAAAUGCAGACACCACCACCAUCAGGUAUCAAACGUACGACAGCGCAUCAUCGAUGUCAGGAAAAUACAAAGGGGCACAACAGAUUUUGACGAGAUCUGCCAAAGCUUGCAAGAAAUAUCUCAAGAUAGGAAAUUUGACCAAGAGAGCAGAACCAAAGCAUUUGGGUUGCUGAGCAAAAUAAAAAGCUUUGACUUUAUUUUUGCUGCUAUGUUCAUGAAGAACAUAAUGUUUAAAAUGAAGAUGAUGGUCGACCUUCUCCAGACGGAAGAGUUGGAUGUUAGCGGUACUUUGUUGGCGAUACAAGAGACAAGAGACAAAAGACAGUCUCAAUAGAAUUAGACAGGGCGAAGAAAUUAGAAGAACCGAAAACGCCAUUGAUAACGAAGUCCAGGCAGCGUGCCUAUUCGCUAGUCAAUUCAACGUUGACGCAGAAGCUGAAUUUCAAAGGAUUCAUCGAAAACGUGUCCCACCGAGACGUCUGGAUGCAAAUCCUGAAACUCAGACCAAUAUGUCUAUGGCAACGUUUUAUAGAAAAGAGGUGUUAUCUCGACACAAUGGUGGAGGUGUUAUCAGCAAAGAUAAAUGGCCUGGGGGACUCAUUUAG